AUGACAAGUACUCUGCCAACCCAGGAAGCACUAGAUGAGCAAAUCUUCCAGGCCAUCAAGGACAACAAUUUACCAAAAUUUGAACGUCUGCUCACGUACUGUCGUGUCCAUCCAAAGACCAUUACAGAUAAAACCAGUAAAAAUAACACACUCCUACAUUGUGCCGUGGAAGAAGACAGUUUUGAUAUUGUCCGAGAAUUGUUAAUGGAGAGGUGGCAAAUAAAUAUAAAUACUCAGAACGACGAUGGUGACACUGCCCUUCACAUUGGCGCCAAGAAAAACUCCGAUCGACUGAUACAUCUGCUCCUGAAAAACGGAGCGAUCAGUGAUGUCGUCAACAAGGAAGGUAAAACAUUUCUGGAUGUCGUCAGGAGAAUGGCAAUUCAAAGGGAGGCCCACCUGGGCAACCACCAGGUGGAUAAAUUGAACCAACUGGGACCUUCUCAAAAAGUAACAUGUCAAAGUGAUGUUCAAAAAAUAAUAAGAGCUGAAGACAAUGAAACAUAUAACGCAGCUAAAAAUAAAAAUAAGACAGUAUUUAGGCCUUUAUCAGACAGGAAUGAUAAAAUAAAUUGCAUUGUCAAUCAUAAUUGGUCUCUUUUGCACAUCGCAGCAUACAAUGGACAUGUAGCAAGGGUUCAAUCUUUGAUAGGUCUGGGAGCAGAGAUAAAUGCCGAAAAUAAGAACAAGUUUACGCCACUCUAUUGCGCGGCUGCAAAUGGAUUUAAAGAUGUAGUUCAACUAUUGAUCGACAAAGGUGCAAAUAUUGAAGCUAAGGCUGAUAAAGGACAAACGUCUUUGCACAUUGCAACUUCGUAUAAUCACUUGGAUGUAGUCCAGUUUCUAAUUAGUAAAGGCGCCAAUGUCAAUGCUAUUGAUAAAGACAAUUGGACACCAUUGCACAUAGCAGUGUGUAAGGAUCACUUGAAUGUUGCCCAGGCUUUGAUUGCAAAAGGUGCCGAUGUCAAUUCUAUCACCAAAACACGUGGCACUCCAUUGCACAUUGCAUCUGAAAACGGCCACUUGGAGGUGGUGCAGUUUCUUAUUAGCAAAGGAGCUAAUGUACAUGCUAUUGCAAACAAUCAUACUCCAUUGCACUUGGCAUCUCAGAAUGGUCACUUGAAGGUUGUCCAGUAUCUGGCAACUAAAGGCGCCGAUAUCCAUGCUGUUAAUAAAAAUUUGUAUAAACCUUUGCACAUUGCAGUAGCAAAUGGUCACUUCAACAUUGCACAGUUUCUAAUUAGUAACGGCGCCAAUAUCGAUGUUGUUACUGACAAUGAUUGGACUCCAUUGCACUUGGCAGCCCGUAGGGGUUACUUGAAUUUUGUUCAGAUUUUAGUUACAAAAGGUGCCAAAGUACACGCUGUUACUAACAGAGGUAGUAAUUCAUUGCACUUAGCAGCUGGAAAUGGUCACUUGGAUGUUGUUCAGUUUAUGACAACUAAAAAUGUCAAUUUACAUAUACAUAGUAUAAAUAAAAGAAAAUGGACACCAUUGCACUUUGCAGCGUAUAACGGUCACUUAGAUGUUGUCAAGUUUUUGAUGAAUAAUGGCGCCCGGAUCUAUGAUUUUUACAGAGAAACUUGGAAUCCCUUGCACUUAGCGGCUCAAAAUGGCCACUUGGAAGUAGUGCAGUUUUUUAUCAAUAAAGGCGCCAAUAUCAAUGCUGAUGGUGAAAAUUAUUGGACUCCAAUGCACUCAGCAGCCAAUUCUGGUCACAAAAAUAUCGUCGAACUAUUGUUGGACAAAGGUGCAAAUCCUAACAUAGUAAACAGAAAUUAUAAGACGCCAAUGGACCUUGCCGCCGAAAAGGGACAUACAGAAAUCGUUGAACUUUUGAAAGGUAAAACAACAUCGAUUAAUAAUUAA